UAUUGACACCAAAAGCUUUUCAAUAUCUACCAAUCCAGGUAAAAAGUGCUUUUUCACAUUUGGUUAUCUUAAUUUAAAAUAUGUUGGAUAUAAUUCAGUUCAUUGAGGAGAAGGGAGGUAAUCCACAGGCCAUUCGUGAAUCACAAAGGAAAAGAGGUGCGUCUGUUGAGAUUGUGGAUGAGAUCAUCAAAGAGUACAAUGAUUGGACUAAGCUAAGGUUUACAUUGGAUGAACUAAAUAAAGCACAAAAUAAACUACAAAAAGAAAUCGGUCAGAAGUUCAAGGCUAAGCUAGAUGCAUCUGAACUCCUGCAGAAGAAAGAUGAUUUAGUUAAGGAAAAGGCCGAAAUUACAGCUAAAGAGCAGGAGGCAGAUAAGAAAUUACGUUGGAAGGUUUUCCAGGUCGGAAAUAUUGUCCACGAUUCUGUUAUUGAUUCGUUGGAUGAAGCAGACAAUAAGCUAGUCAGGACCUGGGCUCCGUCCGGCGUGAACUUUGAAAAACUAAGUAAUGUUGCGACAGCGACAGGAAAGCAAGCUAAGCUUUCCCACCAUGAAGUGUUGCUUAGACUAGAUGGGUACGACCCUGAAAGAGGUGUCAAGAUUGUGGGUCACAGAGGGUACUUUUUGAGAAAUUACGGAGUUUUUUUGAACCAAGCCUUGAUUAAUUAUGGUUUGAGUUUCUUGACCUCUAAAAAUUAUACUCCCAUGCAAGCGCCUGUGAUGAUGAACAAAGAUGUCAUGGCCAAGACUGCACAACUUUCUGAGUUUGAUGAAGAGCUUUACAAAGUUCUUGACGGAGAUGAUGAGAAGUAUUUGAUUGCAACUUCUGAACAGCCUAUCUCGGCUUAUCAUUCCAACGAAUGGUUUGAAAGUCCUGCUGAACAGCUUCCUAUUAGAUAUGCAGGCUAUUCUUCUUGUUUCAGAAGGGAAGCAGGUUCUCACGGAAAAGAUGCUUGGGGUAUUUUCAGAGUUCACGCUUUCGAAAAGGUUGAACAGUUUUGCAUCAGUGAGCCUGAAAAGUCAUGGGAUGAGUUUGACAGAAUGAUUCAGAACUCUGAAGAGUUUUACCAAUCUUUGGGUCUACCUUACAGAGUUGUCAGUAUCGUUUCAGGCGAGCUCAAUAACGCUGCUGCAAAGAAGUAUGACCUCGAAGCCUGGUUCCCAUUCCAACAAGAGUUUAAGGAACUAGUUUCGUGCUCUAACUGCACUGACUACCAGUCAAGGAAUUUAGAAAUAAGAUGUGGUAUCAAGGCCAUGAAUCAAAAGGAGAAAAAAUAUGUUCAUUGCUUGAAUUGCACCUUAUGUGCCACUGAAAGAGCUCUCUGCUGUGUCUUGGAAAACUAUCAGACCGAUGAUGGGCUUGUCGUUCCAGAAGUUCUCAGGAAGUAUAUUCCGGGAGAGCCCGAAUUCAUUCCAUUUGUCAACGAACUCCCAAAGAAUUCAACCUCCUCCAAGAGAGGCAAAGGUUCCAAUUGAUUCAACUUUUGAACUAGGUAUAUUUUCGAUUACUAGGUGUAUCCGGUAUCUUCGAUGAGUUAGUUGUGUGCUUUCACUUUAUGUCUGUCUGGUCUGUCUGGUCUGUAGUUAAUCAGUAGAUGAAAGCAUGGGACAGGAAGCCAGAUGUCAUAAAAUCCAGCAGCCGAUUACGUUUCAGCCGUCAGUUGUUUAUGUGUCUACUAGAGCAUUGCAUACUGGUUGCAGGGUUGCUUGUGCACUUAAAGAUUAACCUAUCAUGUCUUGAGCUCUUUAAACUGCUAGGCCAUCUUUGAAUGAUUGCUUCAGGUCAUUGGUCAUCCUAUCUCUUCCUCUUAACUGAGUCUUUUUUUACCAGCAUUUACCAGCAGCUUUGAGUUUCCCUUGGGCCUGCUACUAUUUCAUAGAUCCGAAUUUUAAGCACCAGCUUUCCCAUUUCC